UAUUUUUGUUGCCAUCAGCAAGUGCUUCCCAAGCGGCAUCAGGCUGGUCUUCCACCGCUUUGCGCUCUUUUGAUCUCUUGGGGUCUCCUUGAAGUGUUCCCGUCAUGGCCUCCAAAGUCACACCGUGGUAUAAGAAGAAGGGCGUGAGCCAAGUCAAAUCUGAUUAUGCCUAUCAUCACACUCAAUGUGUGCGUACCAAGCAGCAGACAGCAGUGAGGAAAUCUAGCUCCACGUCAGUGAGCCAGGUGAAGGCCCAGGCCACACAGGCUAUGGCAGAACCAGCCUAUACCAUACCGGUGUUCCGGCAGAGGACUGCGGAUGUGGGAACAGAGGAGUACCAGCGAGUGAGCACGAACGUUGAGAAAGGACUGAAUGUUAUUCAGGAGGAGCUGCACAGGAUGAGGAUGGUCACCAAGGCCCGAGUGGACAGUCUCGCUAUCCAGAGAGAGGUUAACGAAAUGAUGUACAGGAGGAGGGAUUCGUUGGAGGAAAUCCCAAGGAUGCCGGACUUCCUGGUGGCCCUGCGGCCUCACACCGUGUGGGAGAAGACUCCCGUCAAGCUGUUCUGCACCGUGGAGGGAACCCCAAGACCCGUCGUCAAAUGGUAUAAGGGAGGAGUGCCAGUCGACCCACUGAGCGCCCCCGGGAAGUACAAGAUCGAAAACAAGUAUGGAGUCCACGGUUUGAUCAUCAGCAGGUGUGCUGUGAGUGAUACUGCUGAGUACAGUGCUGUGGCCAUCAACCCACACGGCACGGCUACCAGCAAGGCUACAGUUACUGUGAAGAGACCAGCAGGAUCCGGGGAGUCCUGCCUGCUUGGAUUUGUGCCCCGUCUGACUGAGAUCCACGCCAGUAAGCUGGAGGUCAGCCUGCUCGAUCGCUUCUCGGUGAGCUUCGGUGUGGAGGGCGGCUCCAUCAGCCUGGUGUGCACCAUGGUGGUCGUCCCCGACCUCCCCAACCUACCCCCCCUCGCCCAGUGGUACAGAGACGAUAAACUGCUGACACCAAGUAAUCUGGCGGGGAUGUCGGUGGGCGGAGGCGGGGCCCGCUUGACGCUGCCCCACCUGGCCAAGGACGACGAGGGCCUCUACACCCUCCGCAUCUUCACAAAGGACGGCACCGCCGAGCACAGCGCCUACCUGUUCGUCUCAGAUGCCGCCCCCUCUGUGGCCGGGGCCCCCGGUGCACCAAUGAGCGUGAAGGCAUAUGACGUCAACGCCGACUAUGUCCUGGUCUCCUGGAAACCCCCCAACACCGUCAACGAGGCGGCAAUCAUCGGAUACUUUGUGGAUCGGUGUGAAGCUGGCAGCGACACCUGGGUCCAGUGCAACGAUGCCCCGGUGAAGGUUUGUAAAUACCCGGUGCACGGCCUGAAAGAGGGCCGCUCCUACCACUUCCGGGUCAGAGCCGUGAACAAGGCCGGCAUCAGCAGGGCGUCCCGCAAGUCGGACAAAGUGACCGCCCUCGACGCCGCCGAGAGCGAGAGGCUGCAAGGUACCGAGGAAGUGAUUCAAAUCGAAGGGAAAUACGACGUAGUGAUCAAGGACGAUGACCUGGAAGGCUACGUAACGAUCCCGGGGGAGCCCACCGACGUGCACGCGUCCGAGAUUUUAAAAUCGUACGUGGUGCUGAGCUGGAAGCCUCCGAGCCCUCGCGGACGAACUCCGCUGUGCUACGUCAUCGAGAAGUGCUUAGCAGGCACUGGAGCUUGGCAGCGGAUCAACACGGCAGUCAAACUGCACUCCCCCCGUUACCCGGUUUUUGAUUUGCAAGACGGGCAAAAGUACCAGUUCCGAGUGUACUCGGUCAACCUGUACGGUUCCAGCGAGGCCUCGGCGCCCUCUGAGCCCGUCCAGAAGGUGGACGAGGACGGUACCGAGCUGCCGGUUGGCGUCCCCUCUGCUCCCGGUCAGGUUGUUGCCACCAGAAACACCAAGUCGUCUGUGUUUGUGCAGUGGCAGCCUCCCAAAACUCUGAAGAACCUCAUGGGGUACUACAUCGACGGCCGCAUUGUCGGAACCAAGGACUGGUUCCCCUGUAACCACAAGCCCUUCAAACACUCCAGGUUUGUGGUCCACGGUCUGAUCCCAGGAGAGAGCUACACGUUCCGCGUCCAAGCCGCCAACGUCUUCGGCCUCAGCGACGAGUCUCAGGAGUCCUCCCCCAUCGCCGUGGAGCCAGCGCUCGGCAAAGGGGUGGAAUAUGCGACCCCCAGCGCUCCCUUCGGCAUCACCAUGGUGAGCUGCGACGGCUCCUCCAUGACUUUGGCCUGGAGGCGUCCCAAACACUGCGGCGGCUCCAAGAUCAACGCUUACUACAUCGACAAGAGAAACGCCGACACUCUGACGUGGAAGGAGGUGAACCUGUCGGCCGUCACGGAGAGGAUCUGCACCGUUGACAAUCUGACGGAGGGAAUCUUCUACGAGUUCAAGAUCCAGGCCGCUAACAUGGCCGGUGUCGGCGUGCCCUCGGCUCCCAGCGCCCCGAUCAAGUGUGAAGCUUGGACCAUGGAAGAGCCAGGCCCAGCCUACGACCUGAGCUUCAGCGAGGUCAGAGGUCAGUCCCUGGUCCUCCUGUGGAAGGCUCCGGUCUACACCGGAGCCGCUGCAGUCUCUGGCUAUUUGGUGGACAUGGCCAAGAAGGACUCGUCAGAGUUUGUCACUCUGACUCAGGAGGCUGUGAGCCAACGUUACCUGAAGGUGACUAGUCUGGAGGAAGGAGAAACCUACGUGUUCAGAGUUCGCUCCGUCAGUGCAAAAGGUGUCGGGAAACCUUCCCGGCUGUCUGAGCCCGUCUGUGCCAAAACUCUUCCAGGCACUCAGGAGAUUGUGGCCGGCGUGGACGAGGUGACCGGAGACGUCUUCCUGUCUCUGGAGGCCUGUGAGGUCUCUGAGACGUCCAACUUCGUGUGGUCGAAGAACUACAAAGCCAUCGGCGACUGCCCCAGGGUCGCCGCCACCGUCAAGGGCAGAACCUCCAGACUGACGUUCACUAACCCGGACAAAGACGACCUGGGCAGAUACUCUGUGGCCGUCACCGACACAGACGGAGUCUCUGCCAGCCACACGCUGACUGAGGACGCCCUGAACACGAUGCUGGAGCUCAGCUAUGCCAUCAGACAUCCCGUUGUUCCUCUGAAGCACGGCCUGAACUACGAGAUCUUGGAGAAGGGUCACGUCCGCUUCUGGGUGCAGGCCGUCAAACUGUCCCCCUCUGUAUCCUACAGGUUCAUCGUUAACGACAAGGAGGUCAAAACUGGGGAGGGCAUCAAGAUCAGCCACGACGUGGCCUCAGGAGUCAUCCAGAUGACGGUGGAUCUUUUCACCAGAGCCAACGAGGGAACUUACACGGUCCAGAUCCACGACGGCAAGGCCAAGACCCAGAGCUCCCUGGUGCUGGUGGGAGACGCGUUCAAAGUUGCUCUGAAGGAGGCCGACUUCCAGAGGAAAGAGCACAUCAGGAAGCAAGGUCCACAUUUCUCUGAGUAUCUGUACUUCACUGUCACUGAGGAUUGCACUGUUAUGCUCGCCUGCAAGGUGGCCAAUGUGAAGAAGGACACGUCCUUCCACUGGUUCAAAGAGGAUGAUGAGAUUGUUCCAGAAACUCCUCCCAAUGUCGUGUCCGGAGCCUGUGCUCUUCCCAUCCAUCUGUUUUCUAGGAAGGAUCAGGGCGUCUUCAAGGCCGUGCUCAGUGACGACAGAGGAAAGGACACGUCUCUGUUUGACAUUUCAGGCAAAGUGUUUGACGACAUCAUCAACGCCCUCGCCCACAAUGCUGGUGCGUCUGCCUCUGAGCUGGUGCUGCAGUGUACACCAGAGGGCAUCAGGCUGCAGUGCUACAUGAACUACUACACGGAGGAGAUGAAGACCGUCUGGAAACACAAGGAGAGUAAGAUCGCCUCCUCCGAGAAGAUGAGGAUCGGGGGCACAGCGGAGAUGGCCUGGAUGCAGAUCUGUGAUCCGUCCGACAAGGAGAAGGGUAGCUACUCCAUCGAGAUCUCAGACGGCGUGCAGACGCACACCAGAGCCUUCGACCUCUCCGGACAAGCGUACACCGAUGCCUAUGAGGAGUACCUGAGACUUAAGGCAGCCGCAUUUGCUGAGAAGAACCGUGGCAGAGUGCUCGGUGGUCUGCCUGACGUGGUCACUAUCAUGGAAGACAAGUCUCUGAGCCUGACCUGCACUGUGUGGGGCCAGCCGACCCCUGAGGUCUCCUGGUUCAAGAACGAGCAGGAAGUCGCCUCCAACGAGCACACCAGGGUCACGUUCGAGGGCGGCAAGUUCUCCAGCCUCGUGAUCAACAAGGUCACCCCCGACGACUCCGGCAAGUACAGCAUCAACGUAAGGAACAAGUACGGCGGCGAGUUCGUCGAGAUCACCGUCAGCGUCUACAGGCUGGGCGAGAAGUUACCCGAGCCCAAACUGGGACAGCCCAAAACGGCUGCAGCCACGCCUGCAACCACGCCCGCACCGCCAAAGACCCCAGCCACGCCCUCCAAGACCCCGACCCCCACCCCUUCUAAGUCCCAGACCCCAGCGUUCAUGAAGAGCCCGACUCCAGCCUCCACCCCGGUCCCCAAAUCUCCAACCCCGACCCCGAAGUCUCCGCCCCCGAAGUCUCCGCCCCCGAAGUCUCCGACCCCGACUCCAUCUCGUGGCGCCAAGUCGCCCACCCCACCCAGAUUCAUGAAGUCUCCGACCCCACCGAGGAAGUAGACGACGGCAGUGACGUCUAAAGGGGGGGAAACGGUUUGAUUUAGAGCAUGAGUGUGAAGCCAGGAGGCGUUAAGGUUUAUGUAGAUGUAGUCACUGUUAAAAGUCCCACUUUGUGAACUUCUGGUCGACCACUUGCAAAGUUUUUCUGUGUUCUAGUUGCAGGAUAUUUAUAGAGAUACCAAAAGAGAGACUUAACGUUCAGUAGAUUUUGCCGCUGUGCUUUUGACACAGUCGGGGGGGGGAAGAGGUGCAAAAAAACGAAGAAAAAACCCCAAAAAGAAACAAAGGGUAGAUGUUUAGAUGUUUAUGUUCAGUGUUUUAAAAGCUGCACCUUCCACUUUGCAACGUAAGUGGAACGCCUGUUAAAGAAAGUGUUUGUGGACGUUGAAGGAUAAUUCCUGUUAAUUGCACAAUUUCAUUCUUAUCAGUGACAUCACUAUGACGGAGUCAGACGGUCAGACAGGUCGUACGCAAACUGUAAAGUCAUCACCCAAACUGUCCUUUCUGGUUCCACUUAACCCAAACCUACUCAUCGUAGUUAUCGGCACAAAGUUUCUUGUUUUAUCACCGACAUGUCGGGUGGGAUGACUUUCAGUUUGACCCGAUUCUGCUUCUCACCCCGUCUGUAGUGACGUCACAGUGUUCCCAGAUGUGAGCCGUUUACGAUGACCAAACCUCUGGAUAUAAGAUCAAAGUUGUCAUAAACAGGAAGUACCUUGUAGAGUGGGUGACCAGGGCGCUGGGGUCAUGUUGUGUCAGGACCUGGGUGGGACAUCAACACCAGAUACCAGAUUAUUGUUUUUGUGAUGUUUUCCUCAUCAACUGCUUUUGUCUCCUGGUAGCUUUCAUCAGUUGGAAUAAAAACGAAUUCACUUCCUGCCCUGGUCUCUGUGCCAGAGAGGUCAGUCUGUGACAUGUUGUGUGUGCCCCCCCCCCCCCCCCCCAUGCUUUGUGAUAGCAAUAAACUCUCAACCUCCUCCUGA